AUGUUUUUCAGAGGGUUCGUCAUCUUGAUAUUCGAAAUGGAGUUGGCCAUGGCUCGUAACAAGGCGCGCCGGGGGAGACGCUCAGCCGCCGCGCCCUUAGGCUGGACCGCGCCCGGCACCCAACGCUUCUCGGGUGCCUUUCGCUCACGGCGCCGGCAGCUCAGGCAUGCACCCAUAAAACGUCCGCAGCUCGCAUGGGGCCGGCGGAGCGCGAGCGAACACUGCGCCCGUCCGAUCAGCUCGCGCCCGCCAUGCCUCCCGCCGCCGUUCUCCACUCUUCACUGCCACUCCGAGCACAGGACACUCCACACCACACCGAGGACACAACGCACCACUCACUCAUAUAGCAUAAGUAUUGGCUACUCCACGCCCGCGGCCCGCCACUCGUCGCACCCACUAUUGACGCGAAUUAUAUAUCGACUCGAAUUAUCUCGCACGAAUGGCGUCCAUUCUGCGAUCGCGCUAGAUCCUAGACCUCGAGUCCUCGACCGACGAGAAAUAGUUGCACAAGAAAGAAAGAUGGUUAUGAAUUGA